AUGGCUGGUAGUUGUAAAGGAACACAAGGCUGGAUGAGGAACAACCAGCUUUUAAGCCAGAAGUUGCCUGCAUGUUAUUUGCUGCGUUGCUGCCAACUCAAACGCUGCAUCGCCGCAUCUGCCGCCCAACUCCUUUCUAAAGCGCUUAAGCCAAAAUUGAUCAUCAUCUUGGCCGGCUACGAUGAACAUAUCAACCGUCUCAUGUCUAUCAACGACGGUCUAACAAGCCGCUUCCCCGAGUCUCUUCAAUUCGACUAUCUGUCUUCAAAGGACUGUAUUCGGUUGACUUUCGAGCUACUGUCAAAAGAAAAGAAAAAGCUUCUUGAAAAAUCUCAGGUGGAUUUUGACAUCACGUGCCUACAAAGCCCUGAUUACGACUUCAUGAAAGAUGUGUCGGAACGCUUUGAUACUCUGUCAGAAACCAAAGGCUGGGCAAAUGCCCGAGAUGUUGGUACUCUAACAAAGACAAUUUUCGGGAAGACAAUUGAGUGCUCCAAUGGACAGAAGAUGCAAUUGAGCAAAGCGACAAUUCUCGAGGACAUCGACUUCAUGAUACUUGAGCGGUCCCAUCGAGGAAACGCUCUGAAAACCUCAUCAAUCAUGACCAAGGGGCCGAAGAAGACAGGUCUUGCUGUACGUACCAAAACCAUCGCCAAACCAGUCGCGCCAGUGGAAAGCCGAAGCUUGGCCCAGGAGGACACGGCAAGCACCGAGCAGAACGCGGUCAUUGAAACCCGUACAGAGGGGAGCAUAGCUACCACUAAGCGCGACUUUGGCGUUGAUGAUGCGGUAUGGUACCAACUUGAGAAAGAUAAAGCCCUGACAGAUGCUCAAGAGAAGGAAUAUUUGCGUUUACAGAAAGAAGAAGAAGCCCAACAAAAGGCUAUACUGGAACUGAAAGAAGAAGAGAACAAAGCAACAAGAGAGCUAGAUGAAGCACGACACAAAGCCGACGAUGAUGCAUAA